AUGGCUCAACGUAUUAUCAAGGCACAUCAAGGUCAAAUAGUUAAAAUACGUAUUCGUCGUUUACAACCACCAAUUCUCGAAACUAUUGAACUUAAUUUACAGAAAUAUAACUUGCUAAAUUCACGUAAACUCGGUUUUACGAUUGAUGAUGGUAUUGGAAAUAAUAAUAAUCAUGAUGAUGAUCCAGGUUUAUUUGUUAUUGGUAUUAAACCAAGAAGUUUGGCGGCAAAUAAUGGACGUUUGCGAAUAGGUGAUCGUUUAAUAGAAAUACGCAAUGCAUAUGUUACUGUUAAUCUACAAUAUAUUGAAUUUGAAGUUGCUUUAAAAUUAAUUAAACGUAUGAGAAAAGAGUCAACAUCUAUCAAACUUGUAGUUGCUCAUCAAACAUGA